CACUUUCACCAUGCAUUAUAAUAUUCAUUCGGGAUUAUAGUCCAUGUAACGUAAGAAAUAAUAUUCGACAUUGACAAGAAUCCAGAUUUGAUAUUACAAUAUAACUACAGACAGGACCGAGACGAAGUUUGGUUAAGGAUUUAGGUUUGAUAUUCGUCGACUUCAAAUCAAGGGAAGAAGUCAAUUCAAGGAUUUAGGUUUGAUAUACUCUGUGACUCCAACCCUAAAAAUAAGUUUAGUCAAGGAUCUAAGUUUUAUAUUCUUUGACUGCAACUUCAGGGAAUAACGACAAAGAAGAGUUUACUUAAACUUUGUUGAAGACCAAGCUUCUGUGACUCCAAAACUCCAGAGAAGGAACCUGUAAUUACUUUGAAAUGGACUAAGCUGCACUUUUCUGUGACUCCAACUUUGCUUCAGUCCAACUACCAACUUCAGUCCAACCAACUCCAACCAAAACUCCAACCAAAACUCUUGUGUCUCCAAGACUCCAGAGAAGAAGCCUGUAAUUACUUUGACAUUGACUAAGCUGCACUUUUCUGUGACUCCAACUUUGCUUCAGUCCAACCACCAACUAUUACUAGCUGCAAUCAGACAGAAUGGUUUGUUGCCAACCCUGCGAUGAUUCCUACCAGAAGAAGCAUAUGGUUGCGUGUGACAUCUUCUCGUCUCUUAUCACGAGAUUUCUAUUCUUCCUCCAAUGUUUCAUUUCCAUCUGGAGAGUCGUAGACGCCAAGGAGAGAAAUGGUGACCCGAAAUACAACAUGUAUUGGCUGCUGUGUGGCCUGAUGAUAGGUUUGGUUGUGGACUCGAUCUACACCAUUGGACAUCGGAAGGGAAAGGAAUACAAAUGGGCAUCUUCCAGUUUUUUCUUCUUCCUUGUUGCCGCUGUUCCUCCCAUUUGGAUGUUGGAACUGGAUCGCUGGGACCGCUACGAAGCAGCAUCGAAAAAUCUCAAUGUCACAUUGAAACAGGAAGCCGAGAAGCUGUCCGAUUUUGCUGGGAUUGAGAUCCCGCUGUACCUUCAACCAGACACCUGGGUGCAAGUCCUUGAACAGAGCCUCAUCUUGCUUCUUGUCCCCACCAGGUGGAUCCUACCAAGAGGAGCUAUCACCAGGGAAAGACUCUCCCAAAUUCUCUUGGUCUAUGUCGCACUUGGCGCUGACAUCAUUGAACUUUUUGAUCUUUUCGAAUUAAAGGUAGUGAUGCAGGACUUCAAUAUAUUCCUUGCCAUUCUUGGAGUCUGGUCCCUCAGUUUGCUUCAAUUUACUUUACUGUUGGCCUCCUCCGGAGGUGGUCGAAAAGAAAGAUUUGCUUUUAUCAGCGAGUAUUCGGACCCUAACCUUGAAUCAAGAAAGGGCAGCAAGGGACGCAAAUAUGACCCGAUAGAGGUCGCAGCAUUAUGUAUGACCUUGGCUUUCCAGGAUAUUCCAUUUCUUUGUGUUCGGUUGUAUAUCAUGGUGAAAUAUCAGUUGAUAACUAACACGCUGUUAUUCUUCGCCUGCAAGAAUAUCUACGUCAUCCUGCUGCAGAUUUAUCGCAUUUUUGUAAUCACGUGCCUACCACCUGAAGACAGUGUUUCGAAAGGUCGACGUAAGAGUAAUCAAGAUGUUCAGUCUGAUGCAGAAACUGACCGGUUCGAUAACAUUGCAGAGGGUGUGGACGUAGACCCAUCAGCGACACCUGCUGGCAUUAACGGAAAGAAUGGAAUUCCACUGGAUAAAUCAGCUCACGAUGGUGAUUUGAGUUCGGCUCAGCUAUACUAGAUGAAUCCCACUGGGUGCGCUGACUGUUAAAUAGCCCAUUACUGUCAAAACGACAUCUAAACAAAAACGCGUAUAUAUUCACUUUUUCGGAUCCUAUUAAGACGACCUAUUGCUAGUUUCUACUCACAGCCGACUGGGUAUGAUGUUGCA